AUGCUCCAGAAGACCAUCCUCGGGCUCAGCUGCGCGGCAGCGGCCAUUGCCCACGGCAGCCAUGACCAGAAGAACCUGGGCCCUCAUCAGCAGCUCUGGUACAACAACCUGCCUGGCGACGGCGGCAAGCAGGCCGACUCUGUCUUCUCCGGCAUCUCCACCUUUGGCCGCCUCCCCUACCAGCCAUGCCUCGAGAUGCCCGAGGUCGACUACGACAUUGCCUUUAUCGGCGCCCCCUUUGACACGGGCACAUCCUACCGCCCCGGCGCCCGCUUCGGUCCCUCGGGCAUCCGCCAGGGCUCGCGCCGCCUCAACCUGUACGGCGGCUACAACGUGCCCCUCCAGACGAACCCCUUCAACAGCUGGGCCAAGGUGCUCGACUGCGGCGACAUCCCCGUCACCUCGUACGACAACGCCUUUGCCCUCCAGCAGAUUGAGGAGGGCCACUUCAACCUGCUCUCGCGCACGCCCAACACGGACGGCGACAAGCGCGGGCCCGCCAUCAAGGGCAAGACGCUGCCCCGUCUCAUCACCCUCGGCGGCGACCACACCAUCACCCUGCCCCUGCUGCGCUCCAUCAACCGCGCCUACGGGCCCGUCACCGUCAUCCACUUUGACAGCCACCUCGACACCUGGAAGCCAAAGGUCUUUGGCGGCUCCCCCUCCGAGGCCGCCGCCAUCAACCACGGCACCUACUUCUACCACGCCUCCAUGGAGGGCCUGCUCAAGAACGACACCAACAUCCACGCCGGCAUCCGCACGACGCUCAGCGGACCUAGCGAUUAUGAUAACGACGGCUACUGCGGCUUUGAGAUUGUCGAGGCCCGCGAGAUUGACACCAUUGGCACAGAGGGCAUCAUCAAGCACAUCCUCAACCGCGUCGGUACCAAGAACCCCGUCUACCUCUCCAUCGACAUUGACACCCUUGACCCGGCCUUUGCCCCGGCCACUGGUACCCCCGAGACCGGUGGCUGGUCCACGCGUGAGCUGCGGACCAUUCUCCGCGGUCUCGAGGACCUGAACCUCAUUGCCGCUGAUAUUGUGGAGGUUGCUCCUGCGUACGACACCAACGCCGAGCACACCACCAUGGCCGCCGCCGACGUCCUCUACGAGGUCAUGAGCAUCAUGGUCAAAAAGGGCCCGCUGAGCAACAUGAUUGGCAGCGGCGAGGACGAGCUGUAG